CCCACAACACCACAGACCUACAACACCACAGACCCGCAACACCACAGACCUACAACACCACAGACCCGCAACACCACAGACCUACAACACCACAGACUCGCAACACCACAGACCUACAACACCACAGACUCACAACACCACAGACCCACAACACCACAGACCUACAACACCACAGACUCACAACACCACAGACCCACAACACCACAGACCUACAACACCACAUACCUUCAACACCACAGACUCACAACACCACAGACUCGCAACACCACAGACCCACAACACCACAGACCUACAACACCACAGACCUACAACACCACAGACCUUCAACACCACAGACCCACAACGCCACAGACUCACAACACCACAGACCCACAACACAACAGACCCACAACACAACAGACCCACAACACUGCCGCUCCUUCAUUUCCUUUCGUCUCUGAUCUCUUGCGGGCCCCGCCCUCUCCCGGUGUCUCCCCCUGGUGUCGGGUGUCACUCAGUGUCAUGGAGAGUCUGGAGAAGCAGCUCAUCUGUCCCAUCUGUCUGGAGACGUUCACCAAGCCGGUGGUCAUCCUGCCCUGCCAACACAACCUCUGUCGCAAGUGUGCCAACGACGUCUUCCAGGCGUCCAAUCCCUACCUGUCGACGAGGAGCGGCUCGACGGUGACAUCAGGAGGUCGUUUCCGCUGCCCGUCCUGUCGCCAUGAGGUGGUGCUGGACCGACACGGUGUCUACGGACUGCAGAGGAACCUGCUGGUGGAGAACAUCAUCGACAUGUACAAACAGGACAGCAGCAGUAAACCGUCCCCUGUGGUGAAGGUCGAUCAGCCGAUGUGUGUUGAUCAUGAGGAUGAAAGAAUCAACAUUUACUGUGUGAGCUGCAGCGCCCCCACCUGUUCACUGUGUAAAGUGUUCGGAGCGCACAAAGACUGUGAGGUGGCGCCACUUGAAACCGUCUUCACCGCACAAAAGGCGGAGUUGACUGACUGUAUCUCCGUGCUCGUUGGGAAUAACGAGAGGAUCCAGGCGAUCAUCGGUCACCUGGAGGAAACCUGCAGAUCUGUUUAUGAGAACGGCAGCAGACAGAAGUCGAAGGUGUGUGAAACAUUUGAUCACCUGUUCGCUCUCCUGGAGGAGAAGAAAGGUGAGAUGACUCUGAGGAUCAGCUCUGAACAGGAAGACAGACUCGACAACAUCCGAGGUCUGAGGAGGAAGUACAGCGAGCACAUGGACGCUGCCGCCCGGCUGCUGGAGAACGCCAUCCAGACGCUGGACCAGUCGGAGAUGGCCGUGUUCCUGCAGACAUCCAGACCUCUGCUACAGAAGAUCGUGGAGGGGACCAACACGUCUCACCUGGAUAAACUCCAACACGGAUACGACAACAUGGAACUCUUCACUGCUAACAUUAAACUUCAGAGACAAGCGCUGAGCAACAUUGCCUUCAUCAGAGCUGAUGAAGAAGAUGAAGAAGAUGAGAUCAGAGUGACGUCACCGGGGAGUCGAGCUGAGUUGCAGCCGCUUGCAGCCAAUCAGCAGCCUCCUCUUCCACCUGCACAGCUCUCAGCCCCCACCCCUCAGAGACCCUCAGAGACCACACCCACGAUCACGUCACCUACAAGAAACCCCACCCCUUCGUCUUCCAGUCAGACCACGCCCCAUCUACCCCCGCCCACUGCCAGCCCCACCCCCCAGGUGGAGUCUGAUCAGAACGAGUCGAGCGACGGCCAGAGACACGUGUUCUCCUUCAGCUGGCUCAACCAGAAGUGAGACACGUCUUCACGUCUCUGAUGAUGUCACAAGUGGUCGACAGACAGAAACUGUUCUAAUGCUUCUGUCAAUAAAAGAUUUAACAGAGUCGGUUUUUCUGUGACAUCAGUUUGAAAUUCUUUGAUGAGUGACGGUUACUGAAUCAUUU